AUGUCUAAGAAUCCGGCGUUGCACAACAACAUGGGCGUGGACUAUGUCAUAGUCUUCAAGUAUGCCACGACUGACAAAGCCCAAGCCGAACAGCGUCUCGAAGAGAUGCUCGAACGCCUGUCCGGUGCAGGCCUCGCAACCGAAGUCCGCAAAGGCGACGACCACUCCCUCCUCGUUUUCAUCAAAGUCGGCAGCAAAGAGCACAUGCAAGCGGAAAUCUACCGCAACCGCGUCAAAGACUGGAUCCACGGCGUGCGGUCGGUCGAGCCGGCCAUGGACACCGAGAAGUCGCUCGAGCAGGACCCUCUGACCGAGGCGGAGCGUCUGCGGACGAUUCACGGCCUCAUCACCCAUGUCAGGUCCGAGGGCGGUGCGGGUAUCACGCCGCAGAAGGGGAAGUGGCAGAAUGUGGAGAGUGUGUUUGCGCUGCACGACCAUGCCUAUAACAAAGAGUGGAUCAAGAAGUGGAGCACACAGUAUCUGCUGAAGCCGGAGGACCUGGACGAGAUACGGGAUCGGAUGGGAGAGAAGAUUGCUUUCUACUUUGCGUUCACACAAGCGUACUUCACCUUCCUGGCUGUGCCUGCUGGAUUUGGCCUCUUCUCCUGGCUGUUCUUGGGCUACUUCAGCCCGUGGUACGGCAUUGUCGCGUCUCUGUGGUCUGUGGUGUUUGUCGAAUGGUGGACGCAUCAAGAACAAGAUCUGGCAGUUCGCUGGGGUGUCAAGAAUGUGAGCGGCAUCGACGAGAAGAGGAAGGAGUUCACGCCAAAGCACCUCGUCGACGACCCCAUCACCGGCGAACAGAUGCGCAUCUUCCCAGCCCGAGACCGCCUGCAACGCCAACUCCUUCAGAUCCCCUUCGUGAUCGCCGCCGUUCUCAUCCUCGGCACGCUCAUCUCCACCUGCUUCGCCAUCGAAGUCUUCAUCUCCGAAGUCUACUCCGGUCCCCUGAAAUCCGUCCUCACCUUCCUGCCCACCCUCAUCCUCACCACCGGCCUACCCUUCCUCAGCGGCAUCCUCACCAAAGCGGCCAACAGCCUGACCGACUUUGAAAACUACGAAACCGAAGCGCAGUACGAGCGCAGCCUGACGUCCAAGACCUUCGUCCUCAACUUCAUCACCUCUUACCUGUCCCUCUGCCUGACGUCCUUCGUCUACGUGCCCUUCGGCAGCGUCAUCGUCCCCUACCUCGACGUCUUCAGCGUGACCGUCAAACCCUUCGCCGACAACGCCCAACAGCUCGAAACCCCCGACAACGCCUCCCAGUUCGACAUCAACCCCGCCCGCCUGCGCAAACAAGUCAUCUACUUCACCGUGACGGCGCAAAUCGUCAACUUCGCCAUGGAAGUCAUCGUCCCCUACCUCAAGCGCCAAGGCCUGAUCAAGUUCAAGCAAAUGCAAACCAAACGCACCGAGAAGAAAACCGGCAUCCCGCUCCCCUCCGCCGCCGCCUUCGACCCGGAAGGCGAAUCCGACUUCCUUGCCCGCGUCCGUAACGAGGCCGAGAUGGAGGUCUACGACGUCUACGGCGACCUCAAGGAAAUGGUCGUGCAGUUCGGCUAUCUGACCAUGUUCUCCGUCGUCUGGCCUCUGGCCCCGGUGAGUUUCUUAAUCAACAACUGGAUCGAGCUCCGCAGCGACGCGGUCAAAAUCUGCGUCGAAUGCCGCCGUCCCACGCCUUGGAGAGCAGACACCAUCGGCCCCUGGCUCGACGCCCUGGGUUUCAUGAGCUGGAUGGGCUCGCUCACCAUGGCCGCGUUGGUGUACAUGUUCUCCAACGACGGCCUCGGGCCCGACGGCAAACCCUCCGACAUCACCGGCUGGGCUCUGCUCUUGUCCAUCUUCGUCUCCGAGCACCUCUACCUCGCCACCCGCUGGCUGGUCCGCACCUCCAUCUCCAAAAUCGACACCCCCGGCCGCCAGAAGGAGCGACGGAUGAACUUCGUCACGCGCCAGAAACUAAUGAAAGAGAGUCUGGAGCAGACGCGCAUGGUGCCGCCUCCCGGCGAGAAGGCGGAUGAGAUUACGCGCCGGAGUUUGGAGGAGGACGCGCGGCAGGGGAGUCUGCAUGACGCCAGCCCACGAGAGAAGUUCUGGGACAGGCAACGCGGGUGGAAGGAGGCGGCGAAGAUGGGGCGGUUGUUUAUUGAGCGGGAUGAGGGGGAUGUGUCGGAUGAGAAGGUUAAGAAGGAGCUUUAG